UUUGGUUGGCCCUUCCAUUUGCCGGAGCUGUAGCUGCGACGUAAGCUUAUCGCCGCUGGCAAGUUCCGAGCGAGGCGCAUGAAGGCUCUCUGCAAGCCGCUUCGGUGCCUCUCCUUCCUGGGGGGGCGAAAGCCGCCGGAGCAGUACUCGGCGGCAGAAGGGCAGCAUUUGGCCAAGUCUGCCGAUGACGAGGACGACGAGGACGACUUCUUCGGAGAUUCCUGGGGCGAGAGCGCCAAUGGCUCAAGAGACUCGAGCGCAUCUCAGACAAAGGAGGCUGAGGCACAGCGCAGCGGAGUGGACCGGAAUCCGACCAGAGAGACCACCACCAAACGCCCCGGCGGCGUGACGGAGAAGGCGAAGGAGUCCAAGGAGACGCCGAAGGCCUCCGCGAAGAAGCAGGAGGCGGAUUUCUUCAACGAGCUUGGAAUGGAACCGGAAUACAGGGCGCCAAGGACCCUCCCAAAGGCCGCGGGUCCGUCUGUGAACUCCUUGCUGGACGAAGGGGAGGUCACAGCGGCCUGGGGCGACGACGACCUGGACUUGUGAGCUUUCGGGCUACGGCUAAGUGGGGGCCGGGGAAGCGGGGUACGUCACA